AUGGCGGUGGUCCCUCCAACCCCGCCGACCGUUGGACUGUUUGGGUUUGUUGCAGCUCGACCCCGACAGCGGGAGAGCCGCGGAGGGGGGGCUCCUUUCAUGAGCAUGUGCAUGUCAACAGCAGUCCCAGCCACCAAAAAACCUGCCCCCAGACCCAUUAGUGAGCAGGGGCCAGAAAAAUUAAGAGUAGGAAAAACACAUUGCAUAAUAGCUUAUGUAACGAGCCUCUGA